CUCACCAUUUUGCAGUGUGUACAAGUCCCCUGGCCAGACAUUUCUCAGAAGAGAGGCGAAGAUCUUUUUUAAUUUCGCGCAAUCUGUUUUUAUCGAUCAAAUUUACCGCCAUCUUGAUUUUCUCCACACCCCAUUCGCAUUCGAGUCAUUCGACAGCUUGCCGCAAAAAGUGGACGGAGGACGACAUUGACGACAUCACCAUGACAACAAGCAAGAAAACAAUAUGGCGGUCAAGAAGAGUGAAAUGUUUUGAAUUUGUCGACAUAAAACUGCAUAGUUAUUUAAAAAGAAGGCAUGGGAAAGCGCGGAAGCGUUGAGAAACCUUCUUCUACAAAUAUAAUUCCUCCAGAUAAAAAUAUACCUGAAAUUAGCAACGAAAGUUCGCCAGAUGAGCCCGAUGGUCAGUUGCGAUAUUAAACUGUAUUUUAAAAUGUUUUGUAUUUUUGUAUUGAAUGUCCGUAGUGUUUUACGUCAGAGGAAAAAACUUACAUGAUUAUACUUAUCCGAUACAUAUAUUACAUUAUACUUGAAUAUUUCAUAAAAUAGUGCACUUUUUCCUCGUAUUUUGCUUACUGACAAGUUUUAAAAUCCGUCAAGGGAAAAGGCCACUUUCAAUCAAUAAUAAAUGGGUGCUUUUGUGCAAGACUUACACAACAGAAUCAACCCCCGCUCCCCCAUUACAUGAACCCUAGACUAUGUCUUGUAUGCUCUUAUGUAGUGAUAAAGAAUUAUGCUUGGUGGGGUGGGGUUCCUACCCCUAAAAGGUCCCUCUUCCUGUAUUUUUCUGAUCUAAAUGAAAGAUACUCUUCCUUGUAGGUCCUUAUGUUUUGACGAACAAUUUUGCUCAGGAUUUCCAUGAACUGGCCAAGAGAGCCGGCUUUCCAGAGUUGCAUGUUGUGCCGAGACCUUGUCGGCCAAAAUCUAAAAAGAUCAGCAGUGCUGGCUUGGAGAGUGCCCAGCCUCCUGCUGGGAAGGGAGAUAAGAAGGACGGUGAGUUACAUAGCUAGAAAAUAUAUUUCUGUGUAAGUCAAAUGUGAACCUUCCUGCAUAUAUAAGAUUUCAAAGAACAUAUAGUGCAGCACAUCUCAACACAAGACAAUCUUUACUGGCAAAACGCUUUUGUAAACAAUAAGUAAAUUAUACGACAUUCCAGUACAUAAGAUGACAAAAUUUGGUUGCAAAGUGCAAGAAAAUUUCUUGGGAAAAUAUUUUGUUAAAAAUGUCUGGCUCUGCCAGACACUUCCAGUACUGGUGAGUUAGAUGUCAUUCUGGUGUGGCUUUUUAUGACAGGCCAUGUUUGUAGUUGGUAUAUUGAUUACAGAGUUACUGGACCUCUGAGAUAACUUCACACAUUUCAAACUAUUUCAGAUCGAAAAGAUGAUUCAAAAACAGACAGGACCGUGUCUCAGUCAACAAACAGAAGUGACGUAGAACGACCGCCGGCCACAUUUUCUGUCAAAGAGAAAUAUGAAUACUUGAAACCUUGCGUCCAAACUUUGUGGGAAGUCUUUGAAGGGAAGUCGAUAGCAAAGGAAGUGUACAUUAGAGGAUGGACAAUAGAUAAUCGUAUUAUGGACGUACUUAAUUUAACCUUACCUACACAAGACAAGCUGGUUAAGAUAGAGUAAGCCAUGUUUCAUAAACAAGCAGUGCUUUUUACUUGGAAAAAAUGACAACUUAAAGUUUAUGUGCAAGAUUUUGUAUCAGAUAUACAAGCUCCUUCAGUCAUGAUUUCCUUCGUAUUUUACUCAUGAGAGUUGAGAUCUCAUUGUUGGUUUUUAAUAGUUGAUUACGCUCGUUUCAUUUUAGUUUCAAUAACACGGGUCUAACAGAUACGUUACUUGAGGCUUUGGCCAACAUUUGCAAACACUUGCCGUUGUUAAGGUGCGUGCGUUUAAUAUCUUAGUAAUUAUAAUAUCUCGGUUGGGAAAUUUAAUAUAAAUUGCGGGAUUGUGUUGCUCAUAUUCGCCCUGUUUUAUCUCACUCUUAGAAGUUUAUCACUUGAUGGUAAUCCAGUGUAUCUCCAGCGUUACGGAAUGUUCUUGGGUGAAGACAGCACGUACGUUGAAACAACAACCUUGUUGCUUUUUUACCCAGUUGUGUAUUUCUAUUUCAACCAGCAAAAGAAAAUAUUAUAAAAGAAAUUACCUUCAAAAAUUGAUAUCUUCCUCACUUUACGAAACUUUUACGUUUAAUAAAUAAUCAAUUAGGCAAAUUUAAUGUUGGCAACUUUUGCGAGAAACUGCAUACUUUGCAAAGUUGCGUCGAAGCGAAGCUGACAGCUAUUCCUUUAUCCACCUCUAGACUUCAAAAUCUAUCUCUGAGGAAUUGUUACAUCAAUGACCAAGGAGCCAAUCAUAUAGGACGAGCUCUAUCAUCAAAUAAACAUCUACAAACAUUCAACUUGUGCUUCAACAAAAUCUCAUGUGAAGGAGUGGCGAGUAUUGCUAGGGUAAGACGAAUGGAAUUGUUCUCCGUCGGAAUGUUUGGGUGAACGGUCUUGAAGGGAAGUUACGUUAAAAAUUGAUAUCAUUUUUGUCAUAGAUUGGUUGUCUGAAGAACAGCCAUCGACUGUUCCCCAAUGAUAACAAGUUGUUAAAUUUGUUGCUAAAUCAUUUCCUACAUCUCUCGUUUAGGGGUUAAGAACAAAUAGAACGUUGUUAAGUCUUGAUCUGGGCAGUAAUAUGAUACGAGAUGCUGGUGCAGCCAAACUUGCAGAAGUAAGAUAACUUACCAAAUCAUAGGGGAGUAUCAUUCUUUGCCUGCAGUUCAGAAUAAAGUCAUUGCAUCUUAAUGUUGUUAGGUGAUGUCAAAAUUUGCGUUGAACCACGAGGAAACAGUCGCGCGUCGUCUCCUUAUGUCGAAGAAAAACGCCGAAGAGGUGAAAUAACUUUAUUUGUGAUAAAUUUUCAAGAUGAAGUCGUUGGAGUAAAGAAUUGCCAAAGAGCAGUCGGAAUUCGAGGAAUAAUACGAUUUACAUAAAGUUUAAAUGAUUAAAAUAUAACCAUAUAGCCUUAAAACUAAACUUAAUUAAAUAAAUAAUUAUUUUUCAAUUCAGCCCAGGCCCAGUUUGGAGGUUUUCACCAAACCAGUCAUCGUUUCAAACGACCAUCAAACAUUACGGAAGAGAAAAUCUAAUAAUAAAGUAACAUUUCUAAUCGUAAGUUAACCUAAAAUUUAAUCUUAGUUUAUAACCCUUCAACCUAAUAAUCUAAAUACUAACCUUAUGUACUAUUUAAAGCACGCGUAGGAGUGUUUUAUAUCUGAUAAAACACGACUACAAGUGCUUUAAAUGGCUUAAAAUACGACAACAAAAGAAUACUAAUUAGGAUGAACAAUUAUAUAAUCAUACUAAUUAGGAUGACUUUUAUCAGAUAUAAAGUCACUGCACGUGACAUGUUAUGGCUGACAUGAUUUGCUACAAGGUUUAUGAAUUUUUAAUGAGGAUUUUAAAGAUAUAUAAUAACCUAAUCCAUACCGUAUCUAACCUAACCUAACAUAUAAAAUUGAAUUAAAUUUAUUUGAAGAUUGUUAGAUUGUACAUAAAACAACCGUCCUAAAAUAACUGUACAACGUGAUAACUGAAAGACUUAUUUUCCAGCCCACUGGUGCACCAACAAAAUCUGCAAAUCAUGGAAUAAUGAAAGGAGAGAGACCUCAGAGUGUACGAAGUGGGUACGUCGUUGAGCCUGGUUUACAUUUUCAACGUCCCUGUGAUCACAGUAGGAAUAUUGCAAGGAUUUGUGAGAAAUGUUCGAGGUAUCAAGUGUUUUACAUUGAGUCAGUUUCUUCAAACAUUUCUUACAAAUCCUUCAAAAACUUAUCCGUGCAAAAUUCCUACUGUGAUCACAGAAACUUUGAUAGUGUAAAGCAGCAUUUAGUAUGCAUUUACACAAUUUUAAUUUUGUGACUUUUCAAGUAAUUAUUGUUCAUAUGAACAGGAGUCACUUGGGCAAAGAUCAGAAGAAAGACAAACAGAAAGGAUUAUCAAAGAAGGUGAAUUAUUUUCUUCUCUUCAUUCUUCAUUUUUCGUGUUUCUACUCUAAAUCCAUUUCUUGUAUUUCCAGGACAAGGACAAAAAGAUGGCACUGGAUGAUAGACUACCAAAGAAAGGUGGGCAUAUUACUCAUUGUCAUUUCAAUUUAUUUAUACCAGAAAGGUGGACACAAGACUCAUUUCAAUGUAUUUGUGAUGCAGAUAUAUUAAAUAUUUCUUUCCUACAGCUUCUUCCACAGACGCUGCAAAGGAUAGUAGGAAAGCCAAGAAAGCUUCAAUGGCGAAAGUUGACAGAAAGGGACUUGGAGGAGUUGUUGAUCAAGACGUAAGAUAUUUAUACACUCCUGCUGGGGAGUAGUGGCGAAUACUAAGGAUAGCCAAGGCAGAUUCAGCAGAAUGACAUCGAAAAAUUGAUCCUCUCUACACACUAAAACAACACUCAUUUCGUCCCCAUUCUUUUCUAGACCUCGGACAUUAUGGACUUUCCAAACCCGCUGUUAGAACCAGUCGAAGAAAUCCAGGGGGAACUUUAUAUUCCUGGAAAUAGAGCCCUGAUCAAUCUUAAUCUUUCUGGUAAGAAGUUGUAUUUCUGCCUUAACAGUACUUACUAGUUCGAAGCAAUGACUUCAUGUUCAUGUGAUAUAGCAAACAAGAUUGGCGAAGCUGGUAUGAAAAGUCUACUUGAUGCAGUACAAUAUCAAUCUCAGUUAGCUGUGGCUCAUUCAAGGCAUAUCGGUGUUGGUUUACUUAGACUUUCUCUGAAGGUAAAACAAGAGUUUAACCCUCUGUUGGGAAUUCUUUGUUGGAGAAUUAGCCAUUCCAAAGUUGAUGAGUGGACUGGGGACGAGUGUUAAAAAGUGCCCAAAUUAAGAAAUUAACCAAAUCACUAAAAAGAUCACCUCAAAAUUAGUAAGUAUACAAAGUUUGAAGACGUUUACAUGAAUACCCUUCGAAUAAUAAGCUUUCGAAAAUUGUGAAAUUGCUGAUAAAAAGAUUGUUUUUGGGACGCGCGUCCCCAAAAACAAAAAUUAGAAUAUAUUUCAUAGUAAAUAUCACAAUUUUCGAAAGCUUAUUAUUCGAAGGGCAUUCAUAUAAACGUCUUCAAACUUUGUAUACUUACUAAUUUUGAGGUGAUCUUUUUAGUUAUUCGGUCCAUUUCUUAAUUUGGGCACUUUUUAACACUCGUCCCCAGUUCUCUCAUCAACUUCGGAAUGGCUAAUUACGGCUGGCUUACACUAUCACAUUUUCUGAGUUAAAUACCGUGUCAGUUCUCUUACAAAUUUCUCACAGAUCCUUCAAAACCUAGAGUUUCCCCAUGCAAAAUUCCUACUGUGAUCACAAAAACUGAUGAUGUAAACUCGGCUUUAAUCUAUAGUGACCAUAUGUAUAUCUCAAUGUUCAACGAAUAUCUUGUGUAGAGAAAUGAUAUUUCAGACGACAACGUGGUGUUUCAAAACCUGCAAGAAUUGAUGAUCGCAAGGGAUCCUUUUUUCAAACCAGACAAUGCCUCGCAUGAUGAUGUUGGAUCAAUAAAGGUAAUGCAAUUAUUAAAACUGUCUGUUCCAAACAUUUUAGCAAUUAUUGAAGGUUUUGUGUGUGUGGAAUUUCGAGCUGACUUGUUUAAAACCCGGAGCAGUUGCACAGAUGCAAGGCAUCAUUUAGCAAAGUCGUUGAAUCAAUUCCUUUCUUUGUAGGAGAUGGAAUAAUCGUUGGCAAAGCAAGAAGAUAUUCCACCAUUUCCGUUUUAGAAGAGUUUAUCUUUGAAAUUUAUUCGAAAUUCGUGUUUCUCCAGAAAUAUUGCAGACCAUCUGAUAUACAUUGAUUACAAAGAUUGCAGACUUUGUAUAUAACGUGAAUAUUGCCGUUCCGUGAUAGUAGUUUUAGCGGAGUUUAUUUUACAAAAUAAUUGCAGUAUUUUAAAUACAGAAUCUGCACAACAAACAUACAAACAAAAGAUGCCGUUCUUAAAAGAGAACGUUGUACAUUGUUAUGUUUAUAAUUAACUCAAUUAUAAAUAAAUUAUUCUUACUCAGGAAUGGACACUCCCAUAAGCACAUCCUUAACUUUAGCCAGGAUCUCUUCAUGCAGAGAUGGAUUCUCAAACAUUUUAGAAAGUUCUUCAACAAACUCCUCGACAUAAUCCUCGCUGGGUUCGCGAUCUGACUGAGGCAGACGAACCUCCGCGAGACUGCGGGACAACAUUUGACGGAAGUUUGUAAGAUGACAGUGAAGUGUUUUAUUUUCUUCACGAGAUUUGGUCACCUCUUCUUCCAGUUUAUCAAUGGCGGCUUUCAUGUUGUCAAUAUGUUUACUCAGCAUUGCGUUCUGCUCUUCGUAAUCGUUAUUGGCUUUGCGCAGAUCUCCCAGCUUGCGUAACUCUGCUUCACGACC